AUGGGAAAAUUCCAAAUUUCUGCUCAUUUUGGCCGGUCCACAACCCGUCGAAACUCUCUGAGAAAAAAACUCAAUAAACAACCAGAAGAACGACAGCAGGUGCGUCACAAUCCUCAAACUAACGACCCAAGUCCGGAUUUUCGAAACCCAGUUCAUCAUUUUGAUGACAUCAAUAGUUUUCAAUCAAAUUCAGCUAAUCAUAAUAUACGGGAGAAUAGCGCGAGUUCUGAUAAUGUAAAGGGAUCAAAAUCAAAGGUUUUGGGAGAGUCUGCUUUGUGGAAUAAAUUAGAGAGUUGGGUUGACCAGUACAAGGAGGAUUCAGAGUUUUGGGGUAUUGGGUCUGGUCCUAUAUUCACUGUUUAUCAAGAUUCUGAUGAUAAUGUCUAA